AUGGGUUACCCAGAGACCGCUACCGGAUUCGUCAUAAAGGAUCCCAAGAAAUGGCAGUCCUUCGAGAAGGAGGAGUUCAAACUCAAGACCUUCAAGGAGGAUGAUGUUGACAUUGCCAUUGACGCAUGCGGUGUCUGCGGAUCUGAUGUCCACUCCAUCACUGGUGGCUGGGGUGAAACUCCUCUUCCCCUCUGUGUCGGCCACGAAAUUAUUGGUCGCGCAAUCAAGGUCGGCAGCAAGGUCAAGGAUAUCAAGGUCGGCGACCGCGUCGGUGUCGGCGCCCAAGUCGGAGCUGACUUGACUUGCGGCAACUGCAAGGCUGAUCAGGAGAACUACUGCCCCAACCAGAUCGACACCUACGGUGCCAAGUUCGAUGAUGGCAUUGUCUCUCAAGGUGGCUUCUCUUCUCACAUUAGAGUACAAGAGUACUUUGUGUUCAAGAUUCCCGAGAACCUCGAUACUGCCAUCGCAGCUCCCAUGCUGUGUGCUGGUCUGACAACUUACUCUCCCCUUGUUCGUCUCGGCUGUGGUCCUGGCAAGAAGGUCGGCAUUGUCGGUAUUGGUGGACUCGGUCACUUCGCAUUGAUGUGGGCACACGCUCUGGGUGCUGAGGUCUACGCUAUCUCCCACACCAAGGACAAGGAGGAGGACGCCAAGAAGCUUGGAGCCGACCACUUCAUCUACUCUGGCGAGAAGGAUUGGGCCAAGGAAUUGGCUUUCAAGUUUGACUUCAUCCUGAACUGCUCUGACAUGACCCAAGAAUUUGACAUGUCCACCUACCUCAGCACCCUCAAGGUCAUGGGCCGCUUCCACAACGUUGGUCUGCCCGACUACGAUCUCCCCGCUAUGAAGGCCCAGGACUUCGCCCCCAACGGAUCUUACAUCGGUGCCAGUCACAUCGGUAACCACCCCGAGAUGGUCGCUAUGCUGGAGCUGGCCUCUAAGCAGAACAUUAAGUCGUGGAUUGAGACCAUCCCGAUCUCCGCCGAGGGCUGUGCCAAGGCCGUCACUGGUGUCAAGGAGAACAAGGUCCGCUACCGUUACACUCUCACCGGCUUCGACGAGGCCUUUGGCAAGCGCUACUAG